UUUGUGGAACUGUGGUUAUUUAUCAUUCUACAAUGGCUUAAUUGCAAAUUUAUGUAUAUCUUUUUUUUAAAGAUGAUAUAAUAAGCUAGCUUUGUUUAAUGACAACCCAUUUUAAUUUACUGGAGAAAAUAAUCCAUUUGUCUUAACCAUACUCAGAGGAAAGUUAUUUGGGCAAAUAAAGUAAAAACCAUAAAUGAUGGAUAGCCAUCAUUACCACAGUAACAUUGGUCCAGCUAGGAAUCAGCUUGGUUAAAUGAGUGACCUCCUACUCACAUACCUCCUCAAUGCACAACAAACAUAGGAGCAAACAAAAGCCUUUACAGAAUCCAGAAUCACCAGGCAAGAAGAAAUAAUAAUUAAGCAAAAAUUUUAAAAUACUACCUUUAAAAAAAAUGAUACUACAAGAGAGAAAUUAAUGAGUUAGAAAGAUAUUCUCAAAUAUAAAGCCCACUCCAGGACUUUUAAGGAAGAUAUCAGAGGCAUAUGGAAGGCCAAGUCCAGGAUGGAUUUAACUGAAGAAAAGGAUAUUUAGAGAAUAUCAACAUUUUCUAAUGCAACAGAAAACCAAGCCAGCUUAGUCUUCUACUUAGUAAGUGUCAUGCUAAAUUGACCAACUUUAUUCUUCAACUUUCUGAGGAUCCAGAAAAAUCAAACAAAAAAGAGAAAAUAUCCAAAGAUAGAAGUGUACUUUAACAAAAUCAGAAAAACCUAAAUUAUAUUGGGCUCUGGUGACUCAGCAAUCAAAUAAUCAAAGGCAUUUAGUCAAUGUCUAUGGUUAGCUCAAUGAGAGCGGAUGUUUAGCUAUAGCGCCAGGUACAAAAAAUAUAUUUUCAUGAAGGCUCACUCCCUCAUAUGAUGAGUGAGUGAGUGAGUGAGUGAGUGUAUAGACUCACAGCUUUUGGCUUUCUGAAAUUCCCUACAUCAGUCUUGUUAUGAUGAUUCCUUAGUGCUGGGAUGGAUCAUCCAGCCAUGUAAGGUAACACAAUAACACUUUGCUCAUUUAAAAAAAAAAAAAAAGUUAUGACUUCCAAACUCAGCAUAGUCACCCAAAGUAAAAAAAAGAAAAAAAAAAAAUAAAUAAUAAGCCUCAGAGGCAAAGGAAAGGGGCCGUCAACCUUGGUAACUAUAAAAUGACGAAUGAGAAAACUCCUCCUGCUGAAGACACUCACAUAUAUAAAGGGAAGGAAUACUUCAAAUAUCAUUGCCAAAUCUACAUCUUCUGGAUUUUUUAGCUUGAAAAAAAAAAAUGAGCACCAAACCUGAUAUGAUUCAAAAGUGUUUGUGGCUUGAGUUCCUUGUGGGUCUGUUCAUUGCUGGCACUCUGUCUCUGGACUGUAACUUACUGAAUGUUCACCUGAGAAGAGUCACCUGGCAAAACCUGAGACUUCUCAGUAUGAGUAACUCAUUUCCUAUAGAAUGUCUACGAGAAAAUGUAGCUUUUGAGUUGCCCCAAGAGUUCCUACAAUAUACCCAGCCUAUGAAGAGGGACAUGAGGAAGGCCUUCCACGAAAUGUCCCUACAGGCCUUCAACAUCUUCAGCCAACACACCUUCAAAUCCACUUGGAAAGAGAAACACCUCAAACAAAUCCAAAUAGGACUUGAUCAGCAAGCAGAGUAUCUGAACCAAUGCUUGGAGGAACGGGGGAAUGAAAAUGAAAUCAUGAAAGAAAUGAAAGUGGAUGAGAUGAAACCCUCAGAAGCCAGGGUCCCCCACCCGAGCAACCUGGAACUGAGGAGAUAUUUCAACAGGAUAGACAAUUUCCUGAAAGAAAAGAAAUACAGUGACUGUGCCUGGGAGAUUGUCCGAGUGGAAAUCAGAAAAUGUUUGUACUACAUUUACAAAUUCGCAGCUCUACUCAGGAGUAAAUAAGGUAUAUUUUGGGAAUUGAAAUUCCUGUUCCCUCCGAAAUCCCUUUCUCCUUCUCUUCCUCCAUCUUCUAAGGAUUAUUGUGCUAUUCCGCAAGCCUGUCCUCAGUUGGAUUGGUGGCCUGGGAACAUAAGGGACAUUCACUUCUCUAAGGAGAGGUAAUUCCAACCAUUCUCCUUGUGACCAAGAGUCUUGUUAGAAAGUUUUUAAGACAGGUUUAAAGGAAUAAGAUUUCCUUUCCAUCUUCUAUUGUCUCUUCCUCUUUUCUUUGGCCAUUUUGAAAGAGCUUUGCUGUACCACCUGUGAACUUCACCAAGACAAAGGCUAGAGGAUAGGGAGCACAGAAUGUUGCAAAAUGGUAACAUUUGAAUGACUUAACUGUUUUGCUGUCAGUGUUGUUUAUCCUUUGAAAAUUCAGCACUGUAAAAGAGCUUAUACAUGCUCCCUAGAGUCCAUACCUUUGCUUUUCUCCCCUCCUGCUCAGAGAAAAAAGGUUGACAUUUCUGGCCCAUUUGCUUCUCAGCUCAGUUUGUUUUAAUUGAUGCUGUUUGUAGAAUGGUAUUUCAUUAUUUUAACAGAGUGAAGAUCCAUAGUGAAAUUGGAGGAACGGUUCAAUUAGAUGACCAUUAAGCUCUCAUUUAACCUUUGAGAGCCCAUGAUUCUAAUGCAGCACACUCUUCACUCCUGAUGUACAUUGUUUGAUGACUGCACCUACAGGCAUGGAAAAUGCUGCAGAAAAGUAUAUAGUACAGCAUCUGUCUUUCACUGUUUUUUAUGUGCCUGAAAUAAAAUGUCCAGAGUCAUAAUAUGGAACAAUUUUACAUUAGAUUUUCCUAGUUAGAAGAUUACAUUCUGUGAGUUAAUUUAACUAGCUAUUCCAAUAAUACAUGAUACUUUAAUAUCUUCUAUCUUUUUAAAAGUUAUUUCGCAGCCAGAUUACCUAGAUUAUUUACUUUUCUUAUAUGGCCCUUCAUCGUAUUAAUUCACCACCUAACUCAGAUGGAUUUUCUCUUCCUUUCUCUCCUCUACCCCAUUUCAGAACCAUCUACCUUCAAGCAAGAAUUAACAGAGACUGUGGCUACGCAAAUGCACAAAAAAGGGUGAAAGGUACCUGGUUCUGCCUUUGGAAGCCAUUUCCUGCUCCUGCCAUAAAGAGCAUGCUGCCGAACUGUUCAGAUUCAAGAUUAUUCUAAGUGCAGGGCUCAAAUGGUACAGCCAAAAGUCUUAUGAUAAAAGUGAGGCAAAUUUCAGUCAAGAAGUUAGAAGAAAUGUUCAAAAGAACAGGAACAAAUUGUGAAUCAUGGUGUAUGCAGGCUAUCAGCAGAAGGAUCAGACAAUAAAAUGAGUUAGCGCAAACCACUUAGUAAAAACAGCUAUCAGCAGAGUUGUUCCAAAUUAAAAAUAGUACUACAAGCUUGUAAAGGAGUUGGGACACGUAAGCUACUUAGCAGAAAAUAUACCCUUGGUACUUUUCAUGAAUUUCUCUAAUAAAGCCUUUGCCUGUU